AUGCCUAUAAAAAGCUUUACCAACCUCUACAUCUCGUUAAAUCUACACCACGUUUUAAUUCAACAACCAAAAAUGCCUAGACAAAGAAGAUCUGCUCCAGCUCCAAGACAACAAACUAGAUCAGCUCAUACUGCUGCUGCUCCACCAGCAUACCAACAACACCCACAACAUAGCCAAUACCCAGCUGCUCAUCCAGCUCAACCACAAACCCAGAGACAACCAGGUUUGUUUGGACAAAUGGCAUCUACUGCUGCUGGUGUUGCAGUUGGUUCAACUAUCGGUCAUACUUUGGGUGCCGGUAUCACCGGAAUGUUUGGAGGAAGAUCUGAAGCACCAGUUGACCAACCACAGCAACAACAACAACAGGAUCUUGCACCAUACCAGCAACAAAACUCCUACACUACUCAAGAGCAAGUAAGACAUUGUGAUGCUGACGCUAGAAACUUUACUAGAUGUUUGGAAGAAAAUGAUGGAAACAUGCAAACAUGUGGGUACUACUUGCAACAAUUGAAAGCAUGUCAAGAAGCUGCUAGACAAUAUUAA